GGGUGGCUCUUGAAAGGGAAUUGGGGCCUGAAUAGGAACUGGGGGCGUGAGUGGGAAUGGGAGUACUUGUCCCUGAGAAGGCGAACUCCUAGGCCUGGUGCUGCAGGUGAUCAUCUGCUCAGUGGAAGUAAAGCCAGCAAGGCUUUUUUGUCCUGGCAGCUCCUGGGUGGGAGCUAUCCUUGGACGCAUCCAAUGUUGGAGGUGAUAUCCUCAUCAGCUGAUGCGAAGCCGCCUCUGGAGCGCAGGCCAGUGCUUGUUCUUAGGGUGAAAACAAUUAGAUUUGCUCUCCCUGCUUUCUGAUAAACGAGCUGUGACUGAAAGGAAGCAGUAGCUGAAAAGAGUGGCACAACCCAUUCCUACAUAAUUCCUGUCCUGGAUGUAGGAAAUAUGAAUGACUGGCAGAGGAAAAGCCCUCUAGACUGGGAAACGUAUGUAAACAAAUUGGUGAAAGUUGUUGCAGUUGAGAAACAUGAAUAUGAAGGAUGGGUUUUAACAGUUGACCCAGUUUCUGCCUGCAUUGUCCUUGCAACAUUCUCAGAGAAUGAAAAGGUGUCCAUAUCAUUCAUCAUGGGUCACGCUGUCCAAGAGGUCAAAAUACUGCAGGAAGGGGACAGCGACAUGGAGCAGCGCCUUGCUCGCAUCUUGGAGCCUGAGGAAAGCCAAGCUUUCAGCCCUGAGGAGCUGGAGAAGAGGAAGAACGCCUUGAAGACUUGGCUGGAGAGCAACCACAUCCCCGUGGGCGAGCAGGGGGAGCAGGGCAGGACGCUGAGCGUGGCGGGAGUGCUGACCAUCGACCCCCCGUACGGCCCCGAGCAGUGCAGCAGCACCAACGAGAUCAUCCUGUCCCGCGUGCAGGGCUUGCUGCAGGGCUACCUCGACAAACAGCAGCGAGCUCCUGCUGAUGAAAGCAGCCCUCUCUAGGAACUCUCCCGCUUCAGGGACUCCCCUGGGCGUCAGCAUUCACUGUUGGCAGAAAGGCUGCGUUUGGGUACUUUUGGUCUUGAAUUUUUUGUGUGUAAAGGAAGGGAUAAAACAAGAAGUCUGAACUCAAAGCACAAGCAGUAUUUUUAUUAUCAUAUGAUAUAUGAUAAAUUUAAACUGUUUUGCUCUACCUUUAAAACUAGUUUAAUUAUCUAGUGCUGAAGGCAUGUUUAUUUGAACUGCUUACCAGAUUAUUUUUUCUUUUUUUUUUUUUUUUAGAAGGAGAAUUAUGACACCUGGACUUCCCAAACCAAAUUAAAAAAAAAAAAUUCAGAAA